AUAGGUCAGAGUUCCUGAAAAGGGAGGAAAACAACUUGGAAAGAAACGUCUCAAUAAAAAUGGAAAUAAAGCUUCAAGAAUCCUCAUUGGUUUUGUACCACAAUGGACUGUGUGCAUCCUUUCUUAGGUGAAAGGCAAUAUGUAGAUCCAAGGUACUGACGGUCAUUUAUUGUACAGAGGGUGGCAAGGAUUGGACAAAGCUACAAAAUGAAAAGGUGGAAUAGAAUCCAGCAAGAACAAUUUGAUGACUUUUGAAAUUUCCUGCUUCUAAAUCAUUCCUGCAGGCAGGAAUCAUGGCUGACACUAUAUUCGGAAGUGGAACGGAUCAGUGGGUGUGUCCUAAUGACAGACAACUUGCCCUUCGAGCCAAACUCAAAACUGGUUGGUCUGUGCACUCUAAUGAGUCCGAGAAACAGCGGCAAAAUCAGAUCCUAACUAAGAAGGAGAUUGCAGUUAUUCUUGAUGUCAUCAAAAGGGCAGAAAGUCUGGAUCUGGUUGAACAGAAGCGGAUUGGUCGCCUUGUUGAACGUUUGGAAAAUAUGAAGAAGAAUGUGAUGGGAAAUGGUCUAGCUCAGUGCUUGUUAUGUGGAGAGUUACUUGGAUUUCUGGGAUCAACAUCUGUUUUCUGUCAAGACUGCAGAAAGAAAGUCUGUGUAAAAUGUGGAAUUGAAACACUUGGGAGCCAGCGGAGACCCAUUUGGCUUUGCAAAAUAUGCAGUGAGAGAAGAGAGAUUUGGAAGAGAUCUGGAGCUUGGUUUUACAAGGGUUUGCCAAAAUACAUUCUGCCGUUGAAAAGCACUGCAAGAAACAGUGAGCUUCAAUUACGACCUAUUCAGAUGGAGCACGGGCAAAGUAUUAUUGUCAACCGAUCAUACAGUUGGGCUAAAGGAAGAGUUGUCUCCAGCGACAGUGAAAGUGAAUCAGAAUGCAGUAACUGCAGUCAAGAUGACAAUGUUUCAGCCAACAGCUCAAAGAACCACAAUACAGAAAAAGGAAGAGAGGAGUCUGGUAGGAAAAUGAAAGUUUCAAGCUAUGAGCCAACCAGUAAAACUGCAACAAGCUAUAAAUUAACAAACACUUUGUCUGAGAGUCGAACCAGUCUUGGUAGUGAACAUGGAGGACAUUCAAGUGCCACAGGGAGUUACAUUGGUGAUGGCCUUUGUGAUGACUGCAGUGACUUUGACAAGAAUUCACUAGCAGAUGAAAGCAAGCAUGUCUGGCAGUUUGAUAAAACUAGAACACAAAGGCACAACAUGGCAGAUUCUGGAAUUCUGAAAUAAAAACAGAAAAUGCUAAAAAUACUCAGCAGGUUGUCAUUGAGUGGGCCAGGGUCCAGGCAACCUCCCAAUCUCUGUCAUCCAAGGAUUGCCCCGUUUUCCUUCCCAAGACGCAUGGGUUGGAGCUGUUGAUUCUUAUGUCAAGUGAAUAAAAUAAUUGUAUAAACCUGA